AUGAGCAAGACCACCAUCCAACAUAUUAAAUGUGUCAUUGUAGGUGACGGAGCUGUCGGUAAAACCUGUCUCCUCUAUGUAUAUGCCAAGAAUCACUUCCCUGAAGAAUAUGUACCAACUGUGUUUGAUAACUACUCUGCAAACGUGAUGGUUGAUGGAAAGACCAUCAACUUGGGAUUGUGGGAUACUGCUGGUCAAGAAGAAUACGAUCGUUUGCGUCCUCUCUCCUAUCCAGGUACCUCUGUCUUCCUCAUUUGCUUCUCUGUGGUGAAUCCAUCCAGCUACGAUAACGUCCGUUUGAAGUGGCAUCCAGAAGUCUCUCAUCACUGCAAGAACGUUCCAAUCAUUCUCGUUGGUACACAAGUCGACUUGAGAGACAAUGAAAGCACUGUACAGAAAUUGCGUGAGAAGGAAAGCAACCACUCACUGCUGAUCAAGGAGAAAAGUUGA